AUGGCACUUCUCUGCUUCAAUUCCUUCACACUCACCCCUCUUUCAUCUUCUUCCUCCAUUUCCCCUCAUCCCACAGCAAGCCCUAUUUCUAGAGUACAAAUCGGUUUGCCCACCAACUGUUCGAAGGAACUUCGAAUCUCGACACCCAUUGUUGUGAAACCGAGAAAAAAUGCGAUUUUUAUUGCAUCCGCUGCUGCUGCUGGUGAUUCUAAUGUUGCAGAUGUAGUAGAAGGAAGUGAGAGCAAGGAAGAGAGUGGUGUUGUUUCUGUAGACAAGCUUCCAUUAGAAUCGAAAUUGAAAGAGAGGGAAGAGAAGACGGUGAAGAUGAAGCUUGCCAAGAAGAUAAGGUUGAGGAGAAAGAGGCUUGUUCAAAAGAGGAGGUUGAGGAAGAAGGGUAAUUGGCCACCUUCCAAGAUGAAGAAAUUGGAAGGUGUUUAA